UUCAACAGCUGUUUAGUUGUACAUUUUUCCAAUUCUUAAUUUUCGUUCGAAAAAUUGAAGAAAAACUCGUGCAGAUUUUAUUAACCUUCUGUGUUUUGUUUUUGCUAAAUUCAUGCAAAAUUUCGAUUGCAAAGAAAAAGAAAUAUUUAAAUAGUUUAUUAAUACGUGUAAUGUUGCCAAAAACACCCAAAAGUCCUUUCUGGAAAUUCGUCAAAAGCAGUGCUAAGACACUUUUUAUUAUAGAAACCUUUUGCUUUGCAGCAUCAUACGGAGUUUAUUAUCGCAUGAAUACAAAUCGUGAGUUCCGUCAGUACAUUAACGAAAACUUCCCUUUCGUAUUGGAUUAUUACUAUAAAGUUGGAGAAUUUCUUGGCGAUAGUAAUUUGAGAGAAAUCGAUUCUACCAUUUGGCGUACUCAGGAAAAGAAGGAAUAAUUCCCCAAAAAAUAACAAAUCCAAAUAAAAAUAGUCAAAACAAAACUCCAAAAUAAAGUAAAUUCAGUUUUAAUUAAACUCAACUAAAUAUUAAAAAAUACUGUAGUUCAAACUCCUAAUUGUUAACCCCCACACACACUCUUUAAAAUUUUAAGUUUUCCUUCUACUAUCUUAAAAAUACUUUAUUUACUUUUUUAAUUUGUAAACACUUGAAAAACUAAAUAUUAACGUAAAUGGCUUCAAAUCCUUAUGUUAAAUCACUAUUUUGGUUAAUAUCAAUAGGCGGCCUUGGGUAUGGUCUCAUGCGUUUAACUGCACCUUCUGAGGAAAAGAUAGCGAAAAUUCGUGCUACUACCGCUGGUAUCCAUCUAACAGAAGACGAGAAAAAGAAAGUAUUAUUCCUUAAGAAAUUGCAAGAAGCAGCCUACCAAAAAGAUCCUGUUUAUUUAAAGAAACCUGAAAAUUAGAUAAAAAAAAUUCAGCUCAACAUGAACCACGAUUUAGAAGACAACACUUUGCAAACUAUGGAGCAAACAGAUUCUACGAUCAACAAUCUCACAAAUCCUGCUAUUAAAAAAGAUCAAAUAUUAGAACGUCUUAAUAAACGCAAUAAAGAACGUCAAAACUAUUUAGAUGUAAAACUUGAACAGCGUCACAAGGACAGUUCUGAAUUAGAGGGAGCAGAUUAUUUCAAACAAACCUUUGCUGAUAAAGUGCGUGAAAUUGAAUUGCGAAUUAAAAAUGUUACCGAAGCUACAGCCAAAAAAUCUGCGGGUGAUGGUCCCACCAUAGAUCUGGCGCGAUACUUUGCCGACAUCACUAUAGAAAUCCAAGAAUUGCAGAAAUAUUUAACUAAUUCCACAACAUUCCUCACGGAAUACAAAAUAAAGUCAUGUCAAAAAAUAGUAAACGAUCUCUUGGCCACCUGCGAAGAGACCAGAAUACGUUUAAUGCCCAAAAAGAAAUUUGGUUUUAGUGGCCGCAAAGUAACACCCAAGCCAGCGUUGAAUCCCAAACUAUCUUUAAAUGACAAACUUGACUCUUCGGAAAAACUGCAAACUACCGCCUCCAGUCAAAAUGUGGUCAACUGGACUCUGUCCAAUCUUAAAAACGAAUACAUCUGUCUAAAAGAAGAACAAGUCAAUGGCAAAGAUAUUACUAUAUCCAGUUUAAAGAAUUGCUUUGUGGAACUGCAGGGACCAGCCGGUUCGGUACAAAUAUCAAAUUGCCAAGACUGCACAUUUCUAUGUGGUCCCAUAGCUCGUUCUCUAUUUGCUGAAUACUGCAAUAACUGCGCCCUUAAUGUGGCCUGUCAGCAACUAAGAUUCCAUUCAUCGGCAAAGUGUCGCAUUUAUUUGCACGUUACCUGUCGCGGCAUCAUAGAGGACUGUAAAGAAAUCGAAAUAGCUCCCUAUAAUUAUGAAUACGCCCACAUUGAAGAGGACUUUAAAUUGGCCGGUCUUAAUAAAGAGCAGAACAACUACACUGACGUCGCUGAUUUCAAUUGGCUGUCACCUGAUGUCCCUUCGCCCAAUUGGCAUUUGAUUAAGGACUGUCCUUCAGUCAACUGGCAGGAUGUUAGAAAUGAAUGGAAAAUACGUUACAUAGACAAUGCCUCCUUAUAGUCCAGAGAAUGGUGGUUUCAUUUAUUGUGGGUCUUCUUAGCUGUAAUCAUUUUCAUAAUAAUCAUCCCGAACAAACACGCUAUAAGCAAUGAAAUUUUAAAUUUCUUAUUUAAAUUGAAAAACCUUUAUAAGUUUGUGGGUUUUAAAUGGUCGUAUUUAGUGACAUUUAUCAACUCUAAUUUCCAGCAAUUUAAAGAAAAGACUUGAAUUUAAAUUAAAUCCCUCAUUAAGAAUUGUAUAGAAAAAUUAAAAUUGCAAACGAAAAAUAUAUAUUAAAAGUGAU